GCCCAUUGUGGUGACUGGACUAAGAAAUGAUUAACUAGUUGCCCCUUACUCCACUCUCUCAGUCUAAGAUAAUAGUGGUGAUAAGCAUUUAUAAUCAUGUUGUUAAUAAUGAUAGUCCUAUAAUAAUAAUAAUAACAAUAAUAAUAAUAAUAUUGUCUUUCUCUCCUCAGUCAACAUGGAUCUUCACGAUAAAGAAAUUCUCCGUGGAGAGGUUUUGCCCGUGGUGAUCAUCGGUAACGGCCCGUCGGGGAUCUGUCUGUCAUACCUGUUGUCGGGUUACACCCCCUACCUGUCACCUGAGGCAUCGCACCCAAACCCGCUGCUGCACAGCAAGCUGCAGGAGCAGCCGCACCUGUCGCUGCUGGAGCAGGAUCUGGAGUACCUGUGCGAGGGUUUGGAGGGGCGAUCGUCCAAUCCCGUGGCCGUGCUCUUUGAUUCGCUGCUGCUCCCUGACAGUGACUUCGGUUUGGACCACACGUCUCCGCUGGAAUGGCGAUACGAGCCGGAGCGCGCCAUCCCUCACCUGGUGCUGGGGAAGGGUCCGCCCGGAGGAGCCUGGCACGUACGUAGCUCCAGUACUGAUGAUAGGAAAUGAUUUAUACGGAAGAACUCCUUCAAAUAUACAAUCUUUUUUCAAGGAUAUUUAAACAAAACCAAAUAGGGCAAAAACAAACAGACUGCAAUGACAGUAAACAAGACAAAAAGCAAACGACAACCACAAAUAAAACAAAUAUCAAGUGCAGGGUUCAUACGGUCCUGAAAAACCUGGAAAAGCCAAAGAAUUUAGAAAAACUAAAUAUACUUUGAAAGUUCUGGAAUGUAGUUUCACAAAGCUGUAUAAUAACACAUGAUAUGUUCAAGGAACGCUGGAAAUUAGAAAAUCCAAUGACAGUCUCUGUUUUUACAGUAUCUGACUGUGAUAAAUUCUUUAAAAAUUGCCCAAAA